AUGUUUUACGAAUGGUUCGCACCUAUCAAGAUCUCAAUCUAUUCGGCUGAGAGAGAAGCAAAUGAACUUAGAGCGCAAAAGGAAGAAGAGGAGAAAGCAAAGCGAAUUCAGGAAGCCAAAGAAGCUGAAGCAGCAGCGGCGUAUGCACAGUCACAGCAAGCUUAUAUGGCUCAUCAUCAAGCCGCUCUAGAACAGGAGCAGCAGCGAAUUCAAGUAGCGGCACAACUUGCACAAGUCGUACAGCAACAGCAACAGUUUGCUCAUCCACCUCCUCUGACGAAUCAGGUGUCUGCGCAAGUCUCACAUGGUCAAGGUGAUCUCAACGCUGAAAAUGUCUUCAAAGAAAUGGUGAAUGUGGUAAUGGGUGGUGCAGCGGCUGCACUGGGCACAGCUGUGACACAACAGCCACCACCUUCCAUGCCUGGCGCACCUGGACCAGCUGGACCACCUCCGCAACUUUGGGGCAACACUAAGAUCACUUAUGAUGUGAAGGUCUACGAGGAAUAUAAACAACAUUUAGUAAUUCAGGCAACAGUUUAG